GACUGGCAGCGUGGAGAACUACAUUUCCCGCGAGGCCUUGCGGUAGCGUUCUGGCCUUGCGCUUGCCGGAGUGUGGCUGGCAGCCGGUACAGCGUGGAGAAGGCUGCGGAGGCCAGCUGGGGAGUCGGGACCAGGUCGCAAAGAAUAGGAUGAUGGAACGGAAAGGGACAGCAAAAGUGGACUUCCUGAAGAAAAUUGAAAAAGAAAUCCAGCGGAAGUGGGAUGAUGCGCGAGUGUUUGAGGUUAACGCAUCUGAUAUUGGGAGCCGGACAAGUAAAGGGAAGUACUUCGUCACCUUUCCAUACCCAUAUAUGAAUGGUCGCCUUCACCUGGGACACACGUUUUCUUUAUCUAAAUGUGAGUUUGCAGUUGGGUAUCAAAGGCUAAAAGGAAAGAAUUGCCUGUUCCCAUUCGGCCUGCAUUGUACUGGCAUGCCCAUUAAGGCAUGUGCAGAUAAGCUGAAAAGAGAAAUGGAAUUAUAUGGCUGCCCACCUGAGUUCCCUGAUGAGGACGAGGAAGAGGAAGAAAUGGCUGGAAGAAGAGAGGAGGAAGUGGUCAUCAAAGACAAGGCAAAAGGCAAAAAGAGUAAAGCUGCUGCCAAGACUGGCUCUUCCAAGUACCAGUGGGGGAUCAUGAAGUCUUUGGGUCUCUCUGAUGAAGAAAUAGUGAAGUUUUCAGAGGCUGAGCAUUGGCUUGAUUACUUCCCACCCCUUGCUCUUCAGGACCUAAAGAGUAUGGGGCUGAAGGUGGAUUGGAGGCGUUCUUUCAUUACCACUGAUGUUAACCCUUAUUACGACUCAUUUGUACGGUGGCAAUUUUUAACACUGAAGGAAAGAAAUAAAAUAAAAUUUGGGAAACGGUAUACAAUUUAUUCUCCAAAAGAUGGACAACCUUGCAUGGAUCAUGACAGGCAAACUGGAGAGGGUGUUGGACCUCAAGAAUAUACGUUAAUAAAAAUGAAGUUGAUAGAGCCUUACCCUGCAAAGCUAAGUGGCCUUAAAGGAAAAAAUAUCUUCUUGGUGGCAGCUACUCUAAGACCAGAGACCAUGUUUGGACAGACUAACUGUUGGGUUCGCCCAGAUAUGAAGUACAUUGGCUUUGAGACUGUGAAUGGGGAUAUUUUUAUCUGCACCCAAAGAGCUGCCAGGAACAUGUCCUACCAGGGCUUUACAAAAGAUAACGGAGUGGUACCUGUCGUCAAGGAGCUGAUGGGAGAGGAGAUUCUUGGAGCUGCACUCUCUGCCCCUUUAACGUCCUACAAAGUCAUCUAUGCUCUUCCUAUGCUCACAAUUAAGGAAGAUAAAGGCACUGGAGUGGUUACAAGUGUCCCAUCUGAUGCUCCUGAUGACAUUGCAGCCCUGAGAGAUUUGAAGAAAAAACAGGCCCUAAGAGGGAAAUAUGGAAUUAAAGAUGAAAUGGUCCUGCCUUUUGAACCGGUGCCCAUCAUCGAAAUCCCAGGCUACGGCAGUCUUUCUGCUCCAUUGGUCUGUGACGAGCUGAAAAUCCAGAGCCAGAAUGAUAAAGAGAAACUUACAGAGGCUAAGGAGAGAGUGUACCUGAAAGGAUUUUAUGAGGGAAUAAUGUUGGUGGAUGAGUACCAGGGGCAAAAAGUCCAGGAUGUCAAGAAGCUUAUACAGAAGAAGAUGGUGGGCAAUGGUGAAGCAAUGAUUUAUAUGGAACCUGAGAAACAAGUUAUAUCGAGGUCCAUGGAUGAGUGCGUGGUGGCUCUUUGUGACCAGUGGUACCUAGAUUAUGGCGAAGUAAACUGGAAGAAGCAGGCAUCUGACUGCUUGACGGAUCUAGAGACGUUUUGUGAAGAGACCAGAAGGAAUUUUGAAGCUACACUGGGCUGGCUGCAGGAGCAUGCCUGCUCAAGAACAUAUGGCUUAGGUACUCGUUUACCUUGGGAUGAGCAGUGGCUGAUAGAAUCUCUCUCCGAUUCCACUAUCUACAUGGCCUUCUACACAGUUGCUCAUCUGCUGCAAGGAGAUAAUCUGUGUGGACAAGGAGAUUCUCCACUUGGCAUCAGGGCGCAUCAGAUGUCCAAAGAAGUCUGGGAUUACAUAUUCUUCAGGGCUGCUCCAUUUCCCAAGACACAGAUUCCAAAGCAAAAGUUAGACAAACUCAAGGAGGAGUUUGAAUUUUGGUAUCCUGUGGAUCUAAGAGUCUCUGGCAAGGAUCUUGUCCCAAACCAUCUAUCAUAUUACCUCUACAACCACGUAGCCAUGUGGCCAGAUCAAAGAGACAAAUGGCCUGUAGCUGUGAGAGCAAAUGGACAUCUCCUCCUGAAUUCUGAGAAGAUGUCUAAGUCUACGGGCAACUUCCUCACCCUGAGCCAAGCUGUUGACAAGUUUUCUGCAGAUGGCAUGCGUCUGGCACUGGCUGAUGCUGGCGACACAGUUGAGGAUGCCAACUUUGUGGAAGCCAUGGCAGAUGCUGGUAUUCUCCGUCUCUACACCUGGGUGGAGUGGGUGAAGGAAAUGAUUGCAAAUAGGGACAGUUUAAGAAGUGGGCCUCCCAGCACCUUCAAUGACAGAGUCUUUGCCAGCGAAAUGAAUGCAGGCAUAACAAAGACAGAUCAAAAUUAUGAGAAGAUGAUGUUCAAGGAAGCUCUGAAAACUGGCUUCUUUGAAUUUCAGGCGGCAAAAGAUAAGUACCGAGAACUAGCGAUAGAAGGAAUGCACAGGGACUUGGUCUUCCAGUUUAUUGAAGCUCAGACUCUGCUGCUGGCUCCAGUCUGCCCUCAUCUAUGCGAACACGUGUGGACACUGUUGGGAAAGCCUGACUCCAUUAUGAAAGCUUUGUGGCCAGUGGCAGGCCCUGUGGAUGAAGUAUUGAUCCGAUCUUCCCAAUACCUCAUGGAAGCAGCCCAUGAUCUCCGACUGCGUCUCAAGAACUACAUGGCACCCCCGAAAGGAAAGAAGGGUAGUAAGGAGCUCCCCCAGAAGCCAUCCCAUUGCACCAUCUACGUGGCAAAGAACUAUCCACUUUGGCAAUAUACCACCCUAUCAGUUUUGCGCAAGCACUACCAGAUCAAUGGAGGACAAUUGCCAGAUAACAAAGUAAUCGCUGGUGAAUUGAACACCUUGCCGGAGCUGAAGAAAUUUAUGAAGAGGGUUAUGCCUUUUGUUGCCUUGAUUAAGGAAAAUCUGGAAAAGACGGGUCCACGUGUUCUUGACCUGGAGCUGGAAUUUGAUGAACGGGCCGUGCUCAUGGAGAAUAUAGUCUAUUUGACAAAUUCCCUGGAGCUGGAUCAUAUCGAAGUGAAAUUUGCGUCUGAAGCAGAUGAUAAAAUAAAAGAAGAUUGCUGUCCUGGAAAACCUUUUUCUGUGUUCAGAAUGGAACCCAGCAUAUCUCUAUUUUUGGUAAACCCCCAACCAUCUAAUGGCCACUUCUCUACAAAAAUCGAGGUCAGACAAGGAGAUGGUAGAGAUGCAAUAAUCAGGCGUUUAAUGAAGGUGGACAGAGGAAUCAAAGACAUAUAGCCUUGUGUCCUGUUGUUUGACUCCUGCCUUAUGUUGCAAUAUAGCAUCCCCCCAUUGUAAGUGCCAGAGAGGCCGCGUGCAUAAAUGGAAUGGAGGAAAGGAAACCCUGUGUUCUCCUGCUGACUCUGCCAUUGACUUACUGUAUGGCCUUGAGCAAAUUCCUUAGCACGUUUGAGGUACAGAGAAGCUAGCUGUACAAUGGGGAUAAUAACGGUUUCCCACUGGUGCUGUAAGGGUUGUUUUAAUUAAUAUUUUUAUAGUGCCUUGACAAUAGAAAGUGCUUUGUAAGUAGCAUAUUUUCAGUGGUCAUUUGGGUAGCAUUUUUUUUUUUUUAGAGGUUACAUUUUCCUUUUCCUUUUCAGUUAAAACAAGUAUUUUUCUCCAGCUUACAUUGAUAAAUUGAUUUGUUUAGCAAUUCCUAGUUUCUCCUUACUCACUUGCUACAGAAUGCCUUAUUGGAGAAUACUGUGGCCAUCAAACACAUUGUUGGAAAAAUGUUACAUUUCAGGCUAGUAUGUUGAAGGGCAACAGUUUUCUUAAAGGGACAGCAGCUUUUCUUUGUCUGGAGACUUUGCUAAUUCCAGAGCCAGACAAGAAAACCUCAAGCAGUGCAGACUGGCAACCAGAUAUGAAGGGAAAACUGGACUUGGUCUACAGGCUUGUAACACCAAGGUUGAUUUUUUUUGCAUGUGGUUUAACAGCUUGCAUUUGUAGUAAUGCUUAUCUCAAGAACAAAGAGACAAUUUUAUAGUGAUGCACAAGGAAACAGUACUUUAAAAAAAAUGCUCCAAGGAAGAAGUACAUGGUAAUGUGCAUGGCAAAGGACAAACAGAAAGGAAAAUACAUUUUGGACUCAUACACACCAUUAACUAGAGUUCUGCAGACUAGCAGUUUGAAAUGAAUGAAAACAAUAGAGAGAAUAAAUCAAUGAUUCUUCCAGAUCUUUGUUGCUUCUAGGGCAUAUCACUGUUAAGCAAGUACCUGAGGAGUUUCUAUCUGAUGAAGGCUAGUGGUGAGAGAGAGCUUUAUUUGUCAAUUAGUUUCUGGGCUCAUUAGUAAAGCUCUUGAGAUGUGAAUUGUUGUUUGUGGUCUGUUAUAGCUGCUGAAAAAGCAGCUAGUGUCAUUCAGUGCUGAGCUUUAGGAAUCGGGACUCCUGGGUUCUGUUCCCAAUUCUGCUAGCAACUUGCUUUGUGACCAAGUUGUAUAACCUCUGUGCCCAUUGGUAAAAUGGCCAUAAUACAUAUUGCAUAUGGCUUGAGGCUUAAUUGGUGUUUUUAAACUGUUGCAUGUUUCUUUGAAGAAAGGUGCCUUAGAAGUGUCCAUUAUUAAUUAAAGACCUCCAUUCUGUGACCUGAGAAUUGUUAAU